AGCUCAUAAUUAGAUGGUGAGAGUUAUAAUCCCUCUCGCUGCGAUCUCUUUACGCAGAUCCCUCUCGCUGCGAUCUUCGCCUCACUCACUUCGACUGUCUCUGCUUGCCGUUCCUCGUCAUCGCUGCUCUCAGGUGCUUGGCGCUCUUGAUCACUCUCCGAUUCGUCCUCGUCGUCUUUGGUGAGGUGCUGAAGAGUUAGGUCAGUAUUCAGUGUUCAUAUUUGUAUCAGUCUCUCCAAUGGCAAUAUGCUGCUGCUACUACAUCACAGCAAAACUCGGGAUCCCAAAGUCAACUCAAGUGUCAUCAAUCAAGCCUCUCCUAAGAUGCAACUUGUCUCUCCCCUCCAGAACCCCCAUAUUCCUUGCUGAGCCUGAUCCUGUAUUCACCUCUGUAAAAACCUUUGCUCCAGCCACUGUAGCUAACCUUGGUCCUGGAUUUGAUUUCCUAGGCUGUGCUGUUGAUGGCCUUGGAGAUACUGUCUCCCUAAGUGUUGACCCUCUUGUCCACCCUGGUGAGAUUUUUAUCUCUGAUAUUUCUGGCGACAACAACAAAAAGCUCAGCAAAGACCCACUAUGGAAUUGUGCUGGGAUUGCCGCUAUUGAAGUCAUGAAAAUGCUUGGCAUUCGGUCAGUAGGUCUUUCUCUUUCCCUUGAGAAGGGGUUGCCUUUAGGGAGUGGGCUAGGAUCCAGUGCUGCUAGUGCAGCAGCAGCUGCUGUUGCUGUGAAUGAGAUUUUUGGUAAUAAGUUGGGUGUUGAGGAGCUGGUUCUUGCUGCCUUAAAAUCAGAGGAGAAGGUUUCAGGUUAUCAUGCUGACAAUGUGGCACCAGCUAUCAUGGGUGGUUUUGUGUUAAUUCGCAGUUAUGAGCCCUUGGAUUUGAUCCAACUGAAGUUUCCAAGUGAGAAGGAUUUAUUUUUUGUAUUGGUAAGUCCUGAGUUUGAAGCACCCACAAAGAAAAUGCGAGCUACUUUACCGGUUGAGAUUGGUAUGCCACAUCAUGUGUGGAACUGUAGCCAAGCAGGGGCUUUGGUGGCAUCAGUGUUGCAAGGGGAUUUGGCGGGUUUGGGGAAGGCAUUAUCAUCUGAUAGGAUUGUUGAGCCCAGGCGUGCUCCUUUGAUACCUGGGAUGGAGGCUGUCAAGAGAGCUGCCUUAGAGGCAGGGGCAUUUGGAUGUACCAUCAGUGGAGCUGGGCCUACAGCCGUGGCAGUGACAGAUAAUGAGGAGAGAGGGAAAGAAAUUGGGAAACAUAUGGUUGAAGCUUUCUGCAAAGAGGGAAACUUGAAGGCUUGUGCAAAUGUGAAGCGACUUGAUCGGGUUGGUGCUAGACCUAUUAAUAGCAUGAAGAAUUGAACUUGUUAAGUUUUUAUGGUACCAGAAUGUUGAUGUAGAUUUCAGAUAUCGCAACUCUCUGGCCUCCUGUGUAGCAGCUAAAUGCUGGCUUGAUCAACAAAGAAGCGUAGGAGAAGGAUUAACGCCAUGCUGGGAGUUGCUUCUGAAGAUUGCUUCGAAGAUCUGAAUGAGUUGAGUGGUAGACUGGCUAUGGAAUCACCACCCAUCUUUGCUGCUAAAAGAGUACACAAUAAAAUAUGCAGAGGUUGUGGUCUGAAUCAGCAAUCUUAUUUUCAAUCUGCAUAGAAAAUGUGCUUUAUGGAUCUUUACAUCAUUGGCAUUUUAAUCCAUCAUUUUAGUGAUAGUAAAAUCCAUGAACGGGUAGAGGCCUUGAUUUUGUUGAUCACAAAUUGUGCAAAA